AUGCCCGUCACGGCUUCCCGUGCCGUGCUGCGGCAAUCGCAGUUCCUGACCCGCAGAACCGCGGUCAGAUAUGCCUCCAACAGUUCUGAGGCCGCCUCAAAGGCCAGUCAGACUGCCUCCUCUGCUGUCUCAAAGGCCUCUGAGGGUCUCUCCCGUGUCACCUCGACGGCUGGUCCUGCGAUCUCAAACGCUGCUCAGGGUCUCGGUAGCGCUCUGAGGAAGGUCGGUGGAAGAACCGGGAAGGUCAUUGCCUUUGUCGACUCUUUGAUACCCCCUACUAUCUAUUACUCGAAGGUUGGCCUCGAACUCGCCAAGCUGGUAUUCCGUGGCCAGAACAUGACUCCUCCCAACCUGGCUACCUUCCAGGCAUACUUCCAGCCUUUGGUUAACGCUGCUCGCAACCCCGCCAACCUCAAGAAUUUCUCUCCCCAGAACAUCAUUUCCCGGGUUCGCAAUGCCAACAAGAAGGAGCUUGCUUUCGCGGGCGUUACCGCCGCCGAGGUUAUUGGUUUCUUCACCGUCGGCGAGAUGAUCGGUAGAAUGAACAUUGUCGGCUACAGGGGCCACGCCGAUCACGGCGACCACCACUAGAGCAAUUUCAAUAAAUCAUACCUGUCCUGUUUUCUUCCCCUUUGUCUUUGUUCUUUCCUAUGCACUGUACUAUUGUAUGAUAGACGAUGGAAUUCAAGCUGUUGUCUGAGGUAAAACGUCUGAAGUCGGUUGUGCCAUGGCAUGUCCCAUGUGUCGGGCAGUUGGCCAUGAAGAGGUCGGUUGUGACAACUGGCUGAUGUC